AUGAGAAUCGGACUUCCAACUUAUGAGUGGUGGUCCGAGGCUCUUCACGGUGUUUCCAACGUCGGCCUAGCUACGGUUUUCAACGGUCCAGUCCCUGGUGUUACUACCUUCCCUAAUGUCAUCCUCAUUCCACACGGCCGCAUCAUUCAACCGCACACUGUGGAAAAAUAUCGGAAAAGGAAGUUCAUCAGCGUCUCUAAGGAGUGGGAAUCGAUAGUCCGCGAGAAAAAUUUCAGCGAUACUUACUUGCUCCAGUCGAUGAAAAAACCUCGAGUGAUGUUCGAGUUAAAACUAAACGAUACGGAUGUGUUGAUUCACUCUGUUUAUCAAGAAAAUGAACCACUGUUAUCGCCUGGUCAACAACAGAUCUGUUUCUCUUUAAAACAAGGUUAUCUCAGUUCUACACCCAUCCGAGGGAUCUAUCUUUAUGAAGGAGCUCAUAUUGCGCUAUGCAAUCCGGUUAUAAAAAAUUUCGGACUUUACUGGAAAUUCCACCGGGUGAAAGAAAAAUGGAGAGUGUAUCCAGUUAUUUAG